GCACCCCAUGUGAUCGCAUGCCACAACUCACUCAUCUAUGCUACUUCAAUUCCCAAUCUAGCACUAUAUAUCUACUUGUAUUUCUAUACACCAUCUUACUUUCACCUCUUCUCAAAUUUCUUCUGCUUUUCCCUUACAUACUGUGUGUCCAUAUAUUAUUGUGAAGAUGACCAAGUUGGGGUUGCUUCUACUCGUUGCAUUAGCCACUUUAGCAGCUACCACUGUGGCACUCGAUACGCCUUACCAGCUCUCCGGUAGAGUCUACUGUGACACUUGCCAUUUUGGUUUCGAGACUAACGUCACUAGAUACAUUCCUGGAGCCGAAGUGCAUCUAGAAUGCAAGGAUGAAAAAUCGGAUACAAAGUUGGUUUUCCGUAACGCAACCAAGACAAACGAGAAAGGAAGGUUCACCUUCCACGUAGGCGAGGACCACGGUGAUCAGUACUGUGAUGUAGUCCUAGUGAAGAGCCCUUGGCCACACUGCAAGAACAUCGAUCCAGUCCGAGGCCGAUCUCGAGUUAUUAUUACAGACCUUAACGGCAUCAGGUCUUUCCGUCGUCAUGCCAACAACAUGGGUUUCUUCCAGGAUUACGUCUUUCCGGUUUGUAGCGACCUCUACAAGUUCUAUUUCCAUUCUGAUGACAUGUAAGAAGCCAAAGGCAGUAACAACAAAAACCACAUUAUUUUUCAUUUGAAUAAAAAUCUAUAAAUUCUUGUCCGUUCAAAAAAAAAAAAAAAAAAAAAAAAAAAAUUGAAAAUGAAAAUUUGUACGUUAUACCUUGAAAGUAAGCUAGAUUCGGAAGAGUAGGUGACAAAUGAACCAAGCUUCUUAUUGGUUUUAAUUUAUCCUGUCUCCAUAAUUAGUGUACUCAACAAUUAGUAAUGCAUUAUUACUUUUAUUAGUCUGCUGCUAGUCGAUCAGUAUUCGUUUAAUGAAUAUAUAGGUACUUAAAUUGUGUUUGCUCAUAAAUUUUAAGUGUUGUAAUGCUUAUCCAAACGUACACUUGAUUAAUUGCGCUUGAAUUAGGUUU